CGCUCGUAGUCCCAUCCGACGAGCCUCCCCCUCCCUCCCCCUACAAAAACCAAUUUUCCACCCCCUAUUUCCGGCGGAAAAAAAAUCAGCGAAAACCACCUUCCCUUUGUUUUAGCGGGGGCGCAAGAGCGAGGAGAUUAGAGGCACCACCGAGGUCGCCUCUGCUCUCCGCUUCGUCUCGCCGCCGCCGCCUCCUAUCCAUCCUGUGUUCGCUCACGGUGAGGGAUCUGGUCUCUCGAAUUCCGCUUCGUUUUGCUGCGUGCGUGCUCCGCUGCUCUCCCGAUUUCACGGUGUGGGAUUCGGGGCGGAGGGCGCCGUUCGCUGCUUGCCGCAAUGCUACGUGCUUGGGGCCUCCGGGGCGUGAAUUCUGUGUUGACGGGGGACGGGUUUUUUGAGGAAAAAUCUGGUGCUGUUUGGUGCUUGGCUGAGCCCGGAAGAGCGUAAUCGGUUGCUGUGUUCUCUGUAGCUGAAUUUUUGGUCAUUGAGAAGCGUUCUUCCUCGGGGAAUCCGUUGGAGGGAUUGUUGUUCGGAGGGGACGCAUGGCGUCGAGGGAUUUCCUGGGCGGGUUCGGCCGGGAGGGGGGAGCACCGGGUGUAGCCGGCGGAAGCGCAGCGACCGCCGAGUCGGACGAGAUCGAGCUCAGCCUCGGCCUGUCCCUCGGUGGCUGCUUCGGCGCCGACCCGGAGCAGGACGCGAAGAAGCCGCGCCUCGUCCGGUCUUCCUCCAUCCCCUCGAUCUGCUCGCUGCCCGGAGGCUUCACCUCCGGCGAGGAACCCGCCGCUGUCACGGCUCCGCCGUCCGACCUGCUCCGCACGUCCUCGCUCCCCAGCGAGUACAUGGAGGAUCGGCUCCGUCGCCGCGCGAUGCAGAGCCAGCGGCGGCUCGAGGCCAAGCGCAAGCGCCUCGAGCGCCGGAACUCCAUGAACUCCGGCAGGUCCGCCACAAGCACAAGCGCCGGUGCCGGCCGCGACGAAGCCCUGGAGCAGACGGUGCCCAGCGGCUUCCAGUUCCGGCGGACGGUCGCCUUGCAGGGGACCACCUCGUCCAGCGCGCCGGAGCAAGGUGGUGGAGCCCCGGCGCAUAGCUCUCCCGCGACGAACACAUCCUCGGACAACACCAGCGGUGGCCAGAGCAGCUCCAGGCCCCCAACGGCGUCAGGAACCGGGAGGCCAUCGAACGGCACCACCGGGCGCGAGCAGCCGCUGCGGACCCUCCGGUCGCUGACGAUGCGGACGGCGAGCACCGGCGACCUCCGCAACAGCAUGGUGGAGGACAUGCCGAUGGUCUCCUACAAGGUGGAGGGGCCCAGCGGCCGCAAGACCGACGGCUUCCUGUACAAGUACAGGAAAGGCGAGGAGGUCAGGAUAGUUUGCGUCUGCCACGGCAACUUCCUGACGCCGGCGGAGUUCGUGAGGCACGCCGGCGGCGGCGACGUCACCAACCCGCUAAGGCAUAUCGUCGUCAACCCGCAGCAGUCGGUGUUCUUGUGAUUGGGUGUUGGGGGGGGGGGGGGGGGGGGGG